AUGGCGGUGAUUCGAGUUGAUUGUGAACAAGCUCAGGUUCAUCAACCAAGAAUGAAAGUCUUCACAGUCGGUCUCGGUGACAAAGAUGGAACGAAGAAGGCAGAUCCAGUCAAAUCCAGUGAAAGCACGGCUGAGAUGACAAAGAUUCCUAUUGACAGUAAUACAUCUUCUCCUUCUAUAUCACCCGCUCCAAUAAUUAUCUCUCGCUCACCCCCAGCACGUAAAGCUAUGAUGAGAAGCUGUGGAAUUCUCUCAUGGUGCAUUGGAGCUUUCUUCAUCGUUCUACUCUGCCUCACAAUAUCAGAGAUCUCAUAUAAUCGUCAACGAGAUCAAGCUUAUCUUCGAUUAAAAUGGGCCGAACUUCGGCAACGAAUGCUUGGAUAUGAACUUCUCUCCCAAGUUCAGCAACAGCAACAACAAAAGUCUCAGAACCAACCUCUCGAUGAAAGAUUGGCUUUCAGCAAUCGACCAACACAUCAAGCUCUUCCUCUGUUAGAGACACCAACUAUAUCGAACAAUGUGGAUAAUGAAGUUACGAACGAUAUUAAGAAAUCUGAAGAAGACAUGUCUACCGCUGAAGGAGAUGCUCGAUUUGUUUUCUUAAGAAAUAUUUUGGAAAAAAUGAGAAAGAAAGCUUCUGAAAUGGGUUUAAACGGAGAUAUGCAAGUUCAUGUGAUUGAAGUUAAGCCAAUUCAACCUGAAAACGAACGCGAUGGAAUGUCACAAAGAGCUUGGGAAGAUGGGUUUGGAGAAGUAGCUGUUCCCAAACAACACUUUGGGCCCUUCCCUCAUGACGAAGACUACGUCGAAUACGAUAGUUUCCGUCCACCUUUCAUUCCACCUCAACCAUUUAUGAUGGGCUUCCCUCCUCAAUUCGACCGAUGGAGUCAUCCACGAGCUCCUAAGUGGAAUCAACCACAAUGGGAUCGUCGUCCACAAGUUCCAGAAUUUGAAGAAAACUAUCAAGACAACUUCCUCUUCAAUGACAAUUUCGAAAGACCAAAUGGAGAAGCUCCCUUCAUGCCAGACAACCGUAGAUGGCCAAUGGGAAACCAGUGGGCAGAACCUAACCCCAUGAUCAACUUCCCACAAAUGCCAACCAUCGGACGUCAAAACCAGUUUCCAUUCCCUGUUCAGAAUCAGGUUCCCAUCAUUGGAACAGCUAACGAACAGCAACAAGCUCAACGUCCAUGGUACAUGAGUGGAGGAGAUGACGAACGUUUUGCUCAUCAUUGGAAUAACGAUUGGUCAGCAAACAAAAAUAAGCAAGAGUUCAUGCCUUUCCAACCAAACCCAGUAGGAUCAAACAUGGACUCCAAACCAUUCAAUCCAUGGAUGAACAGUCAAGAUAGUGAAGGAAUUGAUAACUUCCAAAGACAAGAAUCAUUCAAUGUACCCAUUGAUGUGGCGGUCGAUGAUAAGGCUCAAAGUGUCGAAAAAUCUGAUUCAUUCCAAACAAACACAUGGCAACAUACUCAAGCUGAGCCCGCAAAGGAAACUGAGCCAGCAUCCCUACCAAUCGUCUCUUCGAAUGCUCAAGUUGGAUCAUUAGAAGAGAAAGACUUCUUGCCUGUUCGUUCUGAAGAAAUCCUCGAAGCUCAUAUGGAUCAUUCGGACAAGGUCAUUAUUCAUGAUGAUGAAGAAAUGGAUAAGAAAUUCAAAUCACCAUUUUUCCAGAUUGAUUAUCCAAACUAA